UUUGUAAUUGAUGUUUGAUCAGGAUUCUCAUUCAAAUCCUCUGUAGUUACGUCACUCUACCUCUGUAUGCAUUGGUUACACAGAUGGGUACGAGUAUGAAACCCACCAUCUUCAACGACAACGUAGCGACGGCUCUUAAACAGUGGCACCACACGGCGAAGAAGCAAAUAAAGCAUGGCAAAGGAAGUGUCACAGGUACAGCAACACCAGUAUCAAGUAGGCCAUCAACCCCGUCGCGUAGCGCGUCUCCCAUCCAUCUCUUGCGCAACUACCGUGGCGAGCUCUCCGACGAUCUCCCAACCUCUCCAAUACUCUACAAUGUCGAAGCUUCCCCUGAUCAUUGGGAACUUAAAGACUCACCUCCCACGGAUAAUCAACUCAGUGAUGGUUCUUCUACCUCUCACCAUCAGCAGCAGCAUUUGCAGAAGCUUGUGCACCGUGGUAGUGUAAUUGAUGUAGAGGAAUAUGAGAGAGAUGAUGAUGAGAGUGGUGAGCCUCAGAGAUUAACGCGACUUCCAACACCAUCUCGCUCUACCCGUACCGGCCAGCAUGAAAUCGAUAUGGGUUCAGUCGAAUUCUCCUUUGGCAAGAGACCUAGAACGUAAAAAAUAAUGAUACGUAUCCAUUAUCUCAAUUCAAUUCAUUGCCCCCAAGAAG